UGGUAAAACAAGUUGGUAAAUACGUCGGAAAAUCCGGAGAACACUUUUCGGGUGUGUAAUGAUUAGUUUGCCAACGAAUUGUAUACGAGUACCUAUUUGUUAAAAGUAAUAAAAUAUGAAGAACUGUAAAAAUGAGAUUAAGUGCAAUUCCACACCGGAAUCUCUAGUAACGUUGGUGCGUAAAAAACGGUUACUGAAGAUUGAGAAUAUAGAGGGAUUUAGCCAUCCUCUCACAGAGAAGUCAACGCCUUCUCCAGGUUGGGCCAGCUGUCCAUUAGACGUGUUAAUUAUGGUGUUUGACCAGUUAAGUCCAAAAGAUUUGAUGUCCUGUAUUCGUGUGAAUAGCUGGUGGAGAGAUGCUGUUGAUUAUAUGGGCGAGAUAAUGACGAAGAGAAAAUAAAUCGGAUGGUUAUGAAGAUUAUCAAGCAGGGUCCUUUCAGAAGACUUAUUGUAGCAAAUGAUAACUGUUUCUACAUACUAAACGAGAGGAACGUGCUUAUGUGUUUCAAAUGGCUUGAAGAUGAGAAAAAAUGGAAAGAUUUGGUCUUAGCACGAUAUUACGGAUGCACAAGGUCUAUAGCAGAUAUACACAUUUAUGAAGAAGACGUCUACUUGAUGCUGAAAACGGGCACCGUGUUCCGUUUAGACAGAAAAGGAAGGAACUUUGAGCCUCUUUCACAUCUUAUUACCAUAGAACAGUAUAGGUUAAUGCAAUAUACAAUGUUGUUGAGAGCUAAUAAGAUUGAAUUGUCUAUACCGAAUGUAUGCGACCUAAAAAUUCCUCCUUACACUGUUGGGAACGGCGUUUUGUUCCAUAAGUUUUCUGCUAUUGUUGGCGUGCCAUCAGACAAAGAGUUCAAAAUCAACCAAGACAUGAACAGCGUGAUCAUGGAGUACCCAGAUUUAUCAUGUGCGACGCAGCACGGUGACGUUUUGCUACUAGGAUUUAAGGAUGGAAAGAUUGAAAUCGGCCUCGCAAAGAACUUAACAAACGGUGGAAAACCAGAAGUGAGAGAAUAUAUACAACAUUACCACAACUAUUUAGAUGACAAUCCGGAAAUAGUGUGUAUAGAAGUUCACGAGGUAAAAGAAUCUCAUAGAGUAUUCGUGGCCACGCGAUUUCAUAUUUAUGAAUUAAUAAUACGGUACCCGGAACAUAUACGGUAUGGAUUAGGCAUGUGCAAAUCAUGAUUGAGUAUAUUCCGAGGCUAUUAUGUCUAUAGUACUAUUUUUAACGUCGAAUACAAGUUUUUCACUGAUUACAUAACAGCCAGGAUGAGCAACAGAUACUGGUCGAACUGGACUCGUCCAGUCAGAUCGCAGGAAUUUUUCUUUGUGUUUGUUCGACCUUUUUUUAAUUAAAAAAGUUUAAUUUAAUAAAUGUUAAACAGUGACAGUAAAAUUUUCAGCUGUUUUUGCUUUUUAAAUUUUUAUUGAAUUGAUAUUCAA